AUGCUGAAACAUUCAGCAUCAUCGUUUACUGAAAUUCCUCCGGUUCAAAGCAAAUUCAACAUGUCCUCGAACGCCCACACCAAGACUGUCCUGCUCCUAGGCGGCACCGGCAAGGUAGGCCGGCAGAUCACCAAGCUCCUGGCCAGCACCGGCAUCCCGACUUACCAGUCCUCCCGGAGCGGGGCAUCCACAACGGAGCCGGACGCCGAUAACGUGAGGCCGAUCGCAUUUGACUGGUCCGAUGAGAAGACGUGGACGGCGGCCCUCAGCGUCGGGGCAGCUAGCGUCUUCCUCGUCGCGCCGCCGAUCCUCGACAUGCUGCCGCCCAUGCAGUCUUUCAUCGACCAGGCACGACUCAAGGGAAAUACGAAACGAUUUGUUUUGUUGAGCAGCAGUUCACUUGAGCCGGACAUCAAUGGCUACGCGAUGAGCCGGCCGCAUGCGUAUCUCAAGGAGCUCGGGCACAGGGGUGUGGUGGAAUGGGCGGCGCUGCGACCGACGUGGUUCCAACAGAACUUCGCUGAGCAGGCGAACCACACAGAUGCUAUCAAGAACGAGAGCACCAUCUACUCGGCCACGGCAGAUGCGAAAGUCCCAUGGGUCGCGACCGCGGACAUUGCAGCUUGCGCGUUCCAAUUGCUUACCCAAGAGGACGCGCCUAACGACGAGUAUCUCAUCCUCGGCCCUGAGCUUCUCAGCUAUGGCGAAAUUGCAGAAAUCCUCACCGAGAUCCUCGGCCGCAAGAUCGUGCACAAGAAUCUCUCAAGAAAGGAGCUGGAAGACAGGUUCGUUAGCCAGGGCAUGCCGCAGGACUACGCAGAGAUGAUGGGCGGCCUCGACACGAACAUCAAGAACGGGAGCGAGAACCGGACGAACAGCGUCGUGCUCGCACUGACGGGUAAACAGCCGCGCAAGUUCCGAGAUGUCGCCAAGGAGUACAAGUCUGUUUGGGCGCCGUGA